AUGAGGCUCCUCCACUGGAACCUCCCGUGGCCGCGGACCCCUUCGGCCUUUGACUUUGAGCGCGUCAUCAUCCCCCUUGAAGACGCCCAUUUACACAGCUAUUCGGCUCGCGUGGGAAAUGAAAGCCCCGACCCUAUGAAAGACCCGGAUGUCGACGAGGGCGGAAAGGACAGCGAGCAUGAGGAAACGGGCAUGUUGGAGAUGAGCGUGUCCGAGUACUCGAUUGAGGGGUUGAGAAGGGAAGUGAGGAAGGGUGCUCGCGGAAUCCCUUCUGAUUAUGAGCUCCGUUCCAAGGUUGUGAAUAAGGCCAUUCAGGAUAUCGGCAUGGGGAGUUAUAACUGGCAGCUCUUCAUUCUUUGCGGCUUCGGCUGGUUUGCAGACAAUCUUUGGUUACAAGGUAUCUCCUUGACCUUACCAUCUCUCUCCGCCGAGUUUGGCGUCGCCGAAAAGACCGUCCGCUACACCACCAGCGCAGUCUUUCUUGGUCUCUGCUUCGGCAGCUUCGUCUGGGGCGUCGGCAGCGAUGUCCUCGGCCGCCGAAUCGCCUUCAACAUGACCCUUCUCAUAACAAGUGUCUUCGGCAUGCUCGCGUCCUACGCGCCUAGCUGGGGUUGGGUCUGCUUCCUCUACGGCGCCCUCGGUUUCGGCGUAGGUGGAAAUCUCCCCGUAGACGGCGCGCUAUUUCUGGAGUUCCUCCCAGACGCUUCUAGCUCCUUACUCACUUUGCUUUCCGUCUGGUGGCCCAUCGGUCAGCUCGUCGCCUCGCUUGUUGCGUGGUUCUUUAUUGCGAAUUGGCCUGCCGAUGAGGGAUGGCGUCACUUUGUCUUUGCCAUUGGUGUUCUGACCUUCAUCAUGUUCCUCGUGCGAUGCUUCGUCUUCCACCUCUUCGAGUCACCCAAGUACCUCCUCAGUCGCGGUCGAUAUGCCGAAGCCGUCGCCGUGGUACAGGGUAUUGCUUACAAAAACGGUGCCAGGACCUGGUUAACCACCGAUGUCCUGGAUGCCGUCGUCGACGACGCCGCGCGUGCUGAAACUCGCCCUCCUCGAGUCUCCGCCGCGAAUGUCAUACUAGAGAAGCUCACUUCCUUCUCAGCAGACCGUCUGCGCCCCCUGUUCAACACUCGAAAGCUCGGCAUGGCCACGGCACUGCUGUGGUUCUGCUGGGCCACCAUCGGCAUGGGCUACCCCCUCUUCAACGCUUUCCUCCCCCAAUACCUCUCCCACGGCGGCAGCGGCUCCUCCACCGAAUCGACCCUCACUCCCCGAGACGACGGUUCCUCCGCCGCCGCGCCAGAAAUUUCCAACGAAACUUACCGCAACUACGCCAUAACCUCCAUGGCCGGCGUCCCCGGCUCCCUCCUAGCAACCUACCUAGUCGACCACCCCUCCCCUUUCUUCGGCCGCCGCGGCACCCUCGCUCUCUCUACCCUCGCCUCGGCCGUCUUCCUCAUCCUCUUCGUCACCCACGGCACCACCCCUUCCUCGCAGCUCUUGUUCUCGGCCAUCGAGGCCUUUACUCAGAAUAUCAUGUACGGCGUCCUCUACGCUUUCACCCCCGAGGUGUUCCCGGCCCCCGUUAGAGGCGCGGGCACGGGUGUCGCGAGCUUCUUGAAUCGGCUGACAGGGCUGAUGGCGCCGAUACUCGCGGCGAAUGUUCCCGGGGAUGGGAGGAGUGAGCCGGUUUUCUUGGCCGGGGGGUUGAUUUUUUCGGCGUUUGUGGGGGUUUGUUUGAUUCCGGUUGAGACGAGGGGAGCACAGAUGUUGUGA